GGGCCGGGCGGGCCCCCCUCCCUGGCGGCGGCCGGGGGAGGGCCGGGCGCCCGGAUGUCGAUCAAAAUGAGCGAGCCCCAGCCCUGCGCCGGCCGCCCGGGCGGGGGGAGCCGCGGCGCGGCGGCACCGGGCACCGGCGGGGAGGCGGCCGGCGCAUGGGACGGCGGGCUUGGGCAGCGGGAUAGAGCCUGGACAGCUGCGGACGGAGCUCAUGGAUAGAGGACGUCUGGCAGGAUAACCCCGCGAUGGCUGCCCAGUCGAGCUUGUGCAAUGAAGACAGAAAUUUGCUGCGCAUUCGAGAGAAAGAGAGACGGAGUCAGGAGGUUCUGGAAGACAAAAAACAGUUUUCUGAGAAAACUCCCCUCUUUGCAGAACCCUAUAAGACUAAUAAAGGAGAUGAGUUGUCUAGCCGAAUUCAGAACAUGCUGGGCAAUUAUGAGGAGGUCAAGGAGUUCAUGACCAACAAAUCUUGUCAAAACCUUAUUGGGAUUCCAAAGAGCGUUGCCCCUCAGUUUGCCCCCGGGCCACCUGAGAAGGCCAUCCGUACACUGCCAUCUUCAUUCCAGCACCUGACCCGCCGUCCACCCGUGGGACCCAUGGUUGUACCCCCUCGCCCUCCAAGCCACUCCAGCCACUACCCAAAGGCACAGCCAGGAACAGAGCCAGCUUUGGGUUUGCACAGCAAGAGCCGCAGCUCGGCCAGCGCUCGCAGCCAUGGCCCCGAGCACGGCCGCGGGGGCCGGGAUGCGCAGGCAGGCUUUCCCCACAGCCACCAUGGCAGGCCUGGCAGCGGGGAAGGUCGGGCUCACGGCCUGCAGGCCUCCCCUCUGGCGCUUUCCCCCUUCCUGCCAUGUUUGUUGUCUUCUCCCGUGGCACCCCUGUCACCUCUACAUUCCAGCCAGCAUAUCAAUUCCAGGUCACAGAACAGCAGCAAAAGUCAUGGGUCAACCUACAAUCAAACCAAAUCAUUACAGGACUUGGUGACGGGAUCACAGGAGAAGGAAAGUCGGGACAGCCCAGCCGUUACCUUGACCAGCACCACUCAGCCUUCCUCUCAGACUUUUCCCCCUUCUUUGACAUCAAAAGCCAGUGCAAUGCAGCAGAAACCAACUGCCUAUGUCAGACCCAUGGAUGGCCAAGAUCAGGCAUCAUUUGAAUCCCUGGAGCUCAAACCUCUCCUGGAGGAAUACCAUGAAGGAUCCAAUGACGAUGUCUCAGAUUUGAAGGCCAAAGUUAAAGCUGAGCUAUCCAAGCUGGAAAACCUCUCUGAGCCCAAGGAAGAGACUGAUGAAGAUCUGUCAGAUUUGAAGGCAAAAGCCAAAGUAGAACUAUCCAAAUUCGAAACCCCUUCUGAGCCCAUAGAGCAAACCAACCCCAUUGAUGUGCAGUCCAUUGAAGAAAUUUUGAGGGAAAUGACCCGCUCUUGGCCACCUCCCCUGACAGCUCUUAACACACCUACUAAAGCAGAGCCUUCAAAAUUUCCAUUCCCUACAAAGGAAUUGCAACCUGAAGGAUCUGUAGCAAAGGAUCAGAAGCAGUAUGGAGCACCUUCAGAAACGUUGCCAGGUUCUCAGCCAAGAACAUCAAUGCUCCAGGACGACCUGCAGCUCAGUGAUAGUGAAGAGAGUGGUGACGACCAAGUUGUUGAAAAGUCACCUUCUUCACUUGCUCCUCCAAGUUCCUUACAGUCCCAGCCCAAGAGCGUGGCAUCAGCACAUUCCAGCAGCUCGGAGUCAGGGAGCACCAGUGACUCAGACAGCUCCUCCGACUCGGAGACAGAGAGCCCCUCAAGUGACAGUGACACCAGCGAGCCCCCGCGAGCGCCGGCGCCCGAGCCUGAGCCACCAAAUUCUAAUAAGUGGCAGCUGGACAACUGGCUGACCAAGGUGAACCCAGCAGCAGUGCCAGCAGAGAGCCCCAGGGACACUGCCCGAGGGGAUGGGCCUGAGGAGGGCAAGGGGCAGCAGCGGGGCAGCAGCAGCAGCAAUUCCUGCCAGCAGCACCCUGAGCUGAGGCAGCCUCCUCACAAGAGCCCAGCGGCCAGGGCUCCUCAGGAGGCUCCUCUCCCGACCAAAGGCAGCUGCCAGAAGGCUCCUGCGCGCUCCCAGGAGCCCUCGGCCAGGCACACCGUGGGGAUCAAAGGGCCCAGCAAGCCCCUGGGGCACGAGGGGCCCAGGAGGGGCCUGAAGGUGGAGAGUGAGCCUGGCCCUUUGGAGCUCACAGACCAGUCUUUCAGGGACAAGCCAAAAGUCAAAAAAACAGUGAAGACAAAAUCCAAUGACAGAAAAGACCCAAAACCGGGACUUCAAGAGCCCUCUGAGAGAAAAAAGGACAAGGGCUCCCACCAGGCCAAAGCCAAACCUUUCUUGGAGCCCAGGCUCAUGGGAGAUGCCCAGGCACGGGAUGCUCUCAGUCCCCUUCCUCAGGGCACAGCCCCCCUCAGGACCAGCAGGCACAGGCCUCAGGAUUUGCACAGGGAAAAGUUGCCCUUGUCUCUCGGGGAGAAGUUGCUCUCACCAGUGGGGGAUCCCCCAAGCCGUGAGCACCUCAUGGUGAAAAUAGAUCUCUGCCACCUGGAAAAAGUCCCUCAGCCCCCCAGGAAAAAUGGGCACCAGAGGAAAGCAGAGACCAAGGACCUUCCUGAUGUGAGGAAGCAGGACUUAAAGAGGAAAGCCACGGACACUCCUGAGGAGUCCCUUGCAAAGAAGAAGAGGGAAGAGAAGGAGGAGACUGAUAGGAAGAAAAUGAAAUCUGAAAAAAACCCCAAAUCAUUGCAGUCUUCAGCUAACAAAGACUCCAGUAAAUUGAAAGCAUCAAAAGCUUCUUGUGAAAUCCAGAAGAAAGAUGUGCUCCCACCACUGCCAUCCAUGUCUGCGGCACAACCUGCCCCAAAGUCAGCCAAGAUUACCCAAAAGAGACCCAGAAAUGAGACUGAUGAGCUGCCUGCCAUGGAUAACCCUGCCAAGAGCAAGAGCAACCACAAGGAUCCUUCGUUUGCCAAGCGCAGGAAAGUGGAGGGAAAUCCUACGGAACUGUCCAAGGGCAUCAAAGAAUCUGCAGGUGAUGUCACAAAGCCUUUCCCAGUGCCUUCUAUGCCAAAUGGUACCUCUAAGCCAAGGAGACCUCUGCUCAAGUUUGAAAAGCAACAUUCAAAGGAAUACUACAUUGAACAGGCCCAGAGGCUGAAGCACAAAGCUGAUGCAAUGACUGACAAGACUGGAAAGGCCUUUCACUACUUGGAGGCUGCCCUUUUAUUCAUUGAAUAUGGGAUUGCCUUGGAAUCAGAUGUGCUGGAACCAAAAUCAGCUUACAGCAUACUCAGUGACACCAUAGUUCUCAUCAAAUUCAUCAUGACUUUGAAACCAUUUGCAGACUCCUCAGUCUCUUCACACGGAAAAAUCUUUGCUGUGUUACGCAUGCGCUGCCAGUCCAUUCUGCACAUGGCAAUGUUUGGUUACAAAAAGGACACUGCAAUGAGGUAUUCCAGACUCCUGAAUGACCACUUCAAGAGUAAUUUCAGAGUAAUACAAGCACCUUCUCCAGGUGUUGCAAGAAGCACAGGCUUGCCUUCUCCUCUUUCUCCAAUACCCUCUCCUGCUGGAUCUGUGAGUUCUCAGCCAGGAUCAAAUGAUAGCAACGGCGUUGGCCACAGCAGCAUUGGCAACAGCACUGGCUCUACUGUCACUGUCUCCUGUCAUAUCUCCAGUGUCACCUCUUCCUAUGUCAACAUCACCUCCUAUAUCCUCCAUGCAUAUGAAAUUUGGGAAAAGGCUGAUGCACUGGCCAGGAAGAAUAAAGAGUUUUUUGCUGAACUCAGCAGAGCGACGAGUGCCCUGGCACUGACCAGCAGCCUGACAGACCUGGUACACUACAUCAGACAGGGAUUACAGUGGCUGAGACUGGAAGCAAAUAUGCCUUAACUGGUUCUCCAGGUGGUUAAAUACCUUGAAGUUUUUUUGCACUUUUGAAGCCUCAGAAACAGUUUAAUUUUUGUUUUAAUUGUUCAAUACAAAGCACCUGCAAGGGAAAAUAUUUUAAAUAAAGUUGGAAGUUAUCUGGCUACACUGGAAAACCCUUGAACUGUGUUUUUCUAGGGGUAGCACUUUGCUACCUUGAAAAAGAAGAGACAGAGGAUGGCACCUUCCUUUAAAACUACGAAGUGCAAUGAAUUGUCUGAAUGGCCCGAUGUAUUGAUGGUCUAUAAACAUUUCUUUUACAAAUAACCAGCAGGACAAUAAUUGCACAUGAUGCUGACAAGAAGGAACUCUGCCUCCAGAGGUAGUUAUGCAACAUCCCACAGUCUGCAGCAGUUGUGUGCCCAGACAGGCCAGAGGAGUUGCUUUUGCAAGCACAGCUGCAAUCUUUGGUGUCUCUGUUCCUCAGAGGGCGAGUAGCAGCCUCAUCAAGCACCCAACAGCGUUGUGUUACAGGAAAAGCAGCAACAGGAUCUGCUCUGCCUGCUUUCCAGCCUCACCCUCCUGCUUUUGUCAGCCAGCUGACAAAACUGAGGAAGCCACUGCCUUCAGUGCUGCAAGUUUUCUUUUCAAGUCAUCACUGCUUUGGUCCUCCUUGCUGCGCUGUCAUCCAUGCUCCGGGCACUCCAGCUGUGUUACUGAGGGGCUGGCUCAGCCUUGCAAGCCAAACACAGCUGGGGUGGCAAAAAGAUGUGGUGUGUUUGGAAUAGCUCUGCCUCUUUGCUGAGAGAUGUCACCAUGAGGAUUCUUUGUGGGGCUGAUUUUUUGUCAUUUCAGUGGGUGGGGGUGGAAAGCUGCACUGGUUCACUGUGAUUGCUUGGACAUUGUUCUAAGAGCUUCCAUGGGAAGGAAUUGCUUCUGGUUAAGGAGGGACUAAGUGGCUGAGUGUGGAACACAAGGUAAAUUUUGCAUUUAGAUAUUUGCCUGAAACGAUUGAGUGUCUUGGUGAAUAUCUAAGAGCAGGAUUUGUACCAAAGUAGGGUCUUCUUUGUGUGGGAGGCAACUCCUGUGUUCUCUCAGCCAUGCCAUAGGAUGGGCCCAGUGACUUAGAAAUCUGUCAAGGGGACAAGAAAGGGAAUAAUGAGCUGUUUCCAAACAUUAUUUUCCUUGUCACAGUAUCAGUGAGGGCAGCAGCCAUGACAUUUGUGUUUUCAGUGAGAUGGCACCCUUCUCUCCCCAGAGAUUCCCUGUGGUGUGACAGCAGCAUCCUGCCGUCCUCAUGCACUAUAGUGUGCCUUAGCCCGCUGGUGCCCUCUCACAUCCCUCACCCUCUCUCACAGACCCCUGGCACUGGAGAAGAGAAGGAUAAUUGUGUUUACAAGAAAGAAUCAGCUCCCUUUUCCACAUAAUUUCAUGGUUAGGGAGGAACAGCCCUGCAGAUGUACUGAAGUACCCCCUUUGUAAAAUACCUGCUCAUGGGUGUGAGACUCAUGAAAAUGAACAGUGAAUAAAUAUCAGCAAAAGGUUUGCAUUUCCAAAAGUGGGUUCUGUAGGAGUGGUCCCUGCCACGGGGAAGCCUGGGCUCUUUGUUCUGGGAGAGAUGAUGGGAGCGUGCUGGUCCUGAGCACAGGGGAGCUCUCCUGUUGCCUUCCCUGGCAGGGCAGAACCACCGGGAUCAUGUCUGUGCCUUUCUGCACCUUGAAGGGAUUGGCCUUUCAUGUUCACUUUGUUAAAAGCCUCAGAGCAUUUCAGGGAUGAGCUGUCCUAACAAGUGGGAGGAAGAUCCAUGUCCCCCCUCCCCAUUUUACCUAUCAAGCUUUGCUUGCACUCCUACCCCCUGGAGCAGCAACUGCUCAGAGUGAGCAGGGUGGGAGAAGGGCUCAGCAUUAACUGUUGUGUUCUCAGGAAGUGUGGGGAUGGGCAGCCAGCCUGGAGGCUGAUGUGCACUUUGGAACUUGAUCCCAGGCUGGCGGAUCGAUGCCACCUUUGGACUUUGUCUUCAGACAAAGCUAUUUCUAGGAUCACCAGCUGAGGAGGAGGAGGAAAGAUGAAAGCUUUAUUGAACUUGGAAACCACUGUGGGGGCCUGCAGGAACCGUAGCAGAGUGUGAGGGGAAAGCACAAGGGGCAGCAGGGACAGGGGUGCCCCGGUACUUUCCUUCUGUGUGCAUCCAUGUCCCCCCUGCUGCCAGCAGAGCUGCUUGCUGUGUGCAGGAGUGCCCGUGUGAGGGCUGCUCCCACUCAGCACCAACCCCCUGGGCUUUGAGGGGAAGAGCAUCACAGGCAGUUUGUGUCACAGGCAUGUGGGGGCUCUUUGGGGGCUCUCAGUUCAAAAGCAAUCUGUGGGAGCAUCACUCCACAGCAGGAAGCUAGGUUUUGUUUCAGGACACAGAGAAAGACUGUUCACAUAAUAGGAAAUUUUAAGAAAAGCCAUCAUAUUUCAACCUUGAGCCAGGUCAGAGGCCUGCAGAGGGUUUGGAAGGAAGCUCAUAAUUUUCACCUGGGCCUAUUCAGGCCUUUAAAAAAAACAAACAAAAAUUAAAUAAAAACACAAAUCAAAACGUAGCAGUGGAGGAAAUAGCAUUUGCCAUUCAGAAGCAAACCAUUAAUCCAAGGAAAACCAGGGGUGAUUGUUUAAUCCCAGAAAGAACAGAGGCAGCUAUGGUGGCAAAGCAGCAUCAUUUCCACGCAAUAUUUAUUUAAAAGAAAUAAUAAUACAUGCAUUGAAAUUGUCAAAUAUUCUAUUUUUAAGAUGCCAUUUAUUUAAUAGUUGAGAACCCCACUUACAUGGAGAUAGAGAUCUCUUGUGUAAUUGAAAGUCAAAGUCUGACUGCAAUGUCCUUGGUUUUGGUUUUGUCCUCUCCCCUCCCUCUUGGUUUCCACGAUAAAUUUGUGCAUCUUAUUUUGGGGAUGUAUGUCCCUCUUGUAUAUAACCUUUUUCUGCCCUGUGUGUGAUGGAAUUUCUGAGAUGGUUGAUUCAUAUGGGGGAAAUAAACAAUAAAUGAAUGUUUGUUAUGAGGUGUUUCAAGAGUCCUUGUGUUCUCAGCUUCUUGCAGAGAAAUUCUAGUGUAGCUUUUCUCUGAAUGGACUCAGUGUUUCCCCUCUGAAUGAGGUUUAGGUAUGAAUUUCUGUACAAGAAGUCUCUUGUUCCCAUUGCUGCCCCAUUUGUCACCCCUUGCCCUUUCCUUAAUGACCAAAAGUGGUGCAAAUGUAGAUGCUCAGAGUGGCAGGAGCAUCAUGACUUGGGACAUGUUCCUCCUGCCCUCCCAAAUCUGACGCAGGGAAGCUGUGCUGGGCCAGCUGCUGCAGCCAGCAGGGCCUGGCUCUGAGCCCUCCCUGGCAGGAGCAUCCCACAGGUUGGUUUUGGACAGUUCAGGGAGGUACAGUAGGAAAGCAGGAGACAAGGCACACAGGUGGUGGCUGAAGGGCCCUGCUCUGUGCUUGCCACAAAGCUGUUGCAGGGCUCAGUUUGUGGGCUGGUUUCUGAAGCCAUAUGAGGAGGAUUUCCCUCAGGGAAUCCCACAGGAUUUCAUGCCCUGUGGUAGCAAUGCUCUCAUUGGUUGUGCAAGGGGAUCUCUGCCACGGCCUUGUAAUUCUCAUUGGAGGCUUUUCCCACUUUUUGUUUUCCAAGCUGUUCCUUGGAAGAAUGGUUUUGGCAUCUCUGUGCACUAUUGAGAUACAAUUUGGGAUUCAGGUCUGUUCUGCAGCAGGCAUUGCCGCCAGGAUGUUUGCUGAUUAUGGAUGUGGUUUUCUCGUGCACUGUGUGAGUUGUAGGGGAUGCUGACACCUGGGAAUGCCCCUGGAAAUGCUGCUGCUCUUGCAGGUGCUGGGCACAGAAAUGCACUCUUGGGUUGUGGUCGGGGCAGGGCUGGGGCAAAGCAGGGAGGGGCAAUUCUGGGGUGGAACAUGCCAGCAGGGAGGGCAUCCAGAAGCCAGGCAGGAUGUGGGGCUGUGGCAAGUGUUGGCUGCCCAGCUUGGCUUUCUGCCCAGGGCCCUGGCCCCCCUGGGCUAACACAGCCAAAAAUAUUUUUCCAAUAAUACUUUGUUGUCGUUCCUUUAAUUAUCGAGUCUUUAUUGCCCAAACCUAAUUUUGCAAUCCUGUUUAAUUUAUUUUGAGAUUUUUUUAUUGAUUAUAGAUGAGCUUGCGUUCUGCCUUUGGCUUGGCUUAUCCUUUUCAAAAACAAAUGUCAUUUUUGGCAAAACAGCUGAGUUAAAGUCGAUUGCACUUUCUCAGCCCAGUGCUGCUCUCCAAGCACUAAAAUAGCCCCUUGGCAGCCUGUGCUUUCCUUACGUUAAUUGCAGUUUCAGCAACCCCUAUCUCAAAAAACCAACUCUGUUCCUGGGCUAUCAUCAACCUUUCUGAAUGUGUUUCCAUAACUUUUGUGCUCCUGAAACUUGUGCAUGCUGCAGUGUGCACUCACUGCUGCUUUGUGAUGUCUUUUGUCAAGGUGUGGGGUUCCCAGAGUUCCCACUGGGCUUUCCUCCUCUCCUGCUCAGUAUUGCUGAGGGGUUUUAUGGGUCUAGCCCUUAAUGUUGCAGCAUUAGGAACUGUGUUUUACACUGUUAGAGGCAUCUGCAAAACUUGUAGAUUGUUUAGUGAAAUCUUGAUUUUACUGCCGGCCAGUUCCAUAUGAAGAAAUACUUGUAAAUGGAAAAAAAUAGUUCAGAUGAUUUGUUUUAUUUUUCAGUUCCCAAGUAAUAAAAUGCAUCUGUUUUUCACUUGUUCCAUGUGAGGUUUUCCCAGAUGCCUGCUGUACCUUUUUACUUGGAAAUUACAACUGAGGUAAAGUCAAGUCUUUGUUUAAAUUUUCAUUUGAAAGAAUCAGAAAAUCCUGUCAGCUUAACAACUGUGAAGGAGUAAUUACUUAGACAAUGUCGUGCCUUGAGAGAAGUCGGAAUCUUUUGGAGCAGGGAGGUUGUGGGCAAAAGGUAGCUGGGCUCCAUCCCAGGACAUGGCAGGCAGGUCAGAGCAUGGGGGGCAUUAGGGGUGUAAACCUUGCAGUCAGUGCACAAAAUCUUUUCUAAGAUUUUUGUCCCACACAGCUGAGAACCUUUUACCUUGAUUGAAUUCAGUGCCAAGUGGAAUAGUAAGCUGAGUAAAGGGAUUAGAUUAGAAUAAACAGUCUGGCUGAGGUAGAAGGGGAAGAGAAAUCUGCAGAUCAUGGGCACAGCAUUUUUUUUUAGCACCCUGAACCUGUCUCUUGACGACCAGUGGGAUUUCUGUGAUAAUUAUUAAACAAGAGGCAAAGGGUUCAUUGAAUUUCUGUAGCCAGUGGAGGAGAAGAAUCACUCUAGACAGAGGCAUUACUUCCCCCUGCUGUUACUUUGUGUAAGGGCAAGAGUUGCCCUGGAAAACAGAAAAUCCCACACUGCAAUUUGGUGGCUGACACAGCACAGUUCAGACAUGGUCCUGGUGCAUCCCUGUUCCUCUCCAUGAUUCCUUGGCACUGUGUGAGUGGGACAGACCAUGCACCACAAGAGUGCAAUGACUGGUGGCAACUGGAAAUGGCAAACUUGUUUGCAAGAAUAUUGGUAAAGAAAUAAAUGUGGAAAUUUUUUUUAAAGUACCUUUUUUUUUUAAGUGCUCCAAGGGCAAAUUAAUUCUCCCAAUAAAUCCAGCAGUAAGCAUGGGAAAAUGGGACAUAAAAGCUUACAUCCUUUAAAACACAAAUGAACGUUUAAAGCUGAGGAAGUAGAAAAUUCUAUCAUAAAACUAACAGUAUGUGAAAUGAAAUUAAACUUCUGGUUUUAUUUCCUGUGAUAGAAGUUCAGGCUUGGGAAACUGGGUUAGGUGGAAGGAGGCUGGGCAGUAGCUCUUGUGUUUUGGAUGAGGGCAGGUAGCAAAAUGUGCUGUUACUGCUGUGAUUGAGAACUCACCUAAAUAGGAAUCUAAUAAGGGAUUCCCUCUUUUCACAGAAAAUUUUAGGACAUAGAGUUGCAGCAUAGCAACCAAAUGUGAAAGAAGAUUGUGAAGCUGACAGGUGGGCAGAGCAACAGAGCUGCGGGAAUCUGCUCUCAUGGAAAAAAUCAUCUGGAGAUUAUUUUUCAUCAUGGAGGUGAACAAAUCAUCUCAUUGAUUUGUUCACAAAUUAGAAAUUCUUGGAAUUGAUGGUUUGUACCUUAUCAGGGAUGUGUUGUUUUGAUUUUUUUUUAAGAUUGUGUCUCUUUGUCUGAGAUGAUUUCAUACCACAUUCAUUCACCAUCUGAUGGGCAGGAGCCUUUUCUUACAUGAGUUCUUUCAGGAAUCAGCUGUACUUUGAAGGAGAUGUAAAGAAUCUGUGAGUCAUAGAGAUGAGCUGGGCUGCUACAGCACUCCAAUGUCAAUUUGCUUUUCUCAUCCCACUAACUAAUAAUCUACGUAUGAAAUUCUUGUUGCAGAGGCCCUGCUCCAGGAGUUCUCCUGUCUGGACUGGUAAAGAGCCUCCCUGAGUUUCCAUCACUGCUCAAAGUGCGCAAGUCACAGAAUUGAAUUUCUUGCCACCUUUUUUCAUUCAAUGCCUGAGCUGGAGCCUUUGGACAGAGCAGCUGCACGGUCUGGGCCUGGUACCUGAGGGCUCCCUGAAUGGCUGCCUCUCAGGGAACAGGAGUUUGGGGAUUUUCCUUGUCAGAAAGCCUGUCUGUGCAAGGAAAUUCUCUGCUUGUCUUGAUGUCUCCUCUCCCUUCCAUCCCUUGUAGGUCAACAGGAACAGCUUCCAAUCCCAAUUCUUACUUCUGCCUCUGCAAGCUGCGAGUAAGAAGUCCUCUCUCCAGGGAAAUUGCAGGCACAUAAACACAAAGCAGCAGGAUGUACAAGCAGCUAAGAAUGUCCACUGUUGAGAAAAGGGCAUUUGGAUCCCACGUGGGAAGAACACAAGAGGGAGUGGCAGACUAGGAAUGAGAAUCCUGCUGUUAAGGGAAAUUGAUAUUGGCCCUGACACCUUCACAAAAUGCUACCAAGGAUAAAAAUGAACCAACAACAUCACAGCUGUGGGAAGGUGUAAGUAGAACUGGCUGCCAGGUUGAUAUGUAAAUAUGUAUAUUCCUGUAUCACUGUGAUGCCAAAUGCUUAAAGGAAAAAUUGUUAUUGUUACUGAGAAUAUCCUUCUCAACCUCUUUACACAAGUAAUAGAAAUACUGCAAAAGCUAUGCUGGCCCAUUUCCUGGAAAUGCCAAUUUCUGUUUGUUGGUAGAGGCAGCCAAGAGAGCUUCUGACAAAUAUCUAAGUACAACAUGUUCAGCAGAGACUUUCACCUGCCUCUGACUUGCAGGCUGAGAAGUGCAAAUCAUGUGUGACAUGUCUAGGGAGGAGGAAAUCAACCACCAGUCAUCAGCUGAUAAAACCACAGAACAAGAUGUUUACUCCCAUUUUGGUUUCUUUGGUUACUGGAUUAUUUUUUUUUAGUAUGAGUUACUACUUUUGUAACAAUGUUUGCUUAAUAAACCAAUUUGCUUUUUUGCUGCA